GUUUUAGAUCAGAAUUCAGAAUGCAAAAUAUAUUUUUUUUCGUGGUAUAGUUGCUAUUUGAACAUGGAUUACGUUACCUUAUGCACUUAUAGAACUCAAACAAUAUUAUAGUUUACCAAAAUGAUUGUAUGGUUGACCAUAUAUAUUUCUUGGCGUGUAGGCUAAGUACUUGAUAUUAAUAUUAUUUUGCAAAAUUAUUGAUAUCAUCAUAAUUAAUAGGUAGUAUUAAAUGGACUCACAGAUCGACCAUAACAUCUUCAUUAUAUUCUACCAAAUUCCAUGGCCGCAACGGCAACUAGCACCGCCGCCGCGGAAAUGAUCAUAAUGUCUAAAAUCGAAGCCGCUCAUCAAUUGAUUCACCACGAAAACCAUGCCCGUGUCCGCAUUGCCGAGAAUCUGCAAAGCAGAAAGUUGGAUCGGGAAAGUUUACUCAGACAGUUAAUGUACCUGAUACCAAUGGAGUUUCGAUGUCGGCGGAAGAGGACGACGAUGAGAAUCCAGUAUGCUCAACAGAAUCUUUAUCAGCUACCCAUUCCAACAGAACAACAACUUCAUAAAGAACCUGAAUCUAUUAAGACCCUGAUUUACAAGAUCCGCCAUGGGACCAAAAGCAUGGUGGAGGAGAAGCGGAUUUUGAGAGCCAUGAAACAUGCACCGGACUUGCACUCGGAUAAACAAAUCAGGAACAAUCAUACCAUUCAACCAACAUUUGAUGAAAUACAAGCAUUGAGGAAACAAAAGAGGGCAUAUAAUGCUAAUGUGGAGCAACUAAAAGGACUAUUAGAAGCUUCAAAUAGGGAUAUUCUGUCUCUCCAGAAUCAAUUGGAUGACAUCAAUCGAAAGAAACAGCAAAUUUAUGAAUACAUUCUACAACUUAGAAACCUUAACAUACACAAAUAAUCACUAGUAUCUUCAAUUUGUUAGUUUAUUCCAUUUUGUGUAUAAGCAAUGGGCUAUAUAUUUCUCAAGUCUUAUUAUUGGAUCCAACCCAAGAAUUUUAUGUACUAUCCUAAGACACGUUUCAAAAUUGAAGGAUAUGGGUUAGUUGA